UGGCCAUAUUUGAGGAGGUAUUUAGGCUUAAACUUGAAGAUUAAUCAAAGUAAGAAAUACUGAAAAUAAGAUGACUAAAGCAGCAUAUGGUUCGUGGAAAUCACCCAUUUCCAGUAAAUUAAUAACACAGAGUGCUGUUGGUUUAUCACAAGUUUCAUUGGAUCAGGACCCAAAAUAUACUGACUAUGUUUAUUGGGUAGAAUCAAGAGCUGAUGAAAAUGGAAGAAAUGCUAUUUGCUCCUUCAAUACUAAAACUUCUAAAACAGAGACCAUAACUCCAACAGACUAUAAUGUAAGAACAACAGUACAUGAAUAUGGUGGAGUAUCAUAUUUGGUUUAUCAAGGAGCUAUAUACUUCUCUAAUUUUACGGAUCAGGUUCUAUAUGUCCAGAAAUCAGCCGAUUCUAAACCAGAACCAGUGACAGAGAAAGAUAAAGGUUUACGUUUUGCUGAUGGAAUCUUUUCAGCCAAGUAUAAUAGAAUAUAUUGUAUAAGAGAGAGUCAUGUAGAGGGUAAAGAAGCUGUCAAUGAUUUAGUAUCUAUUUCACCAGCAACAGGACAGCAGACAGUAAUAACAAGUGGUGCCGAUUUUUAUAGUGAUAUCAGACUGAGUCAGGAUGGUAAACAGGUUUGUUGGGUAGAAUGGAAUCAUCCUAAUAUGCCAUGGGAUACUACUAGUUUAUAUACAGCAGAACUAACAUCUAAUGGUGAGGGUGUGGUAGCAGGUUCUACCAAGAAAGUGGAUACUGGAAGUGAUAAUAGCGUCAUUGAACCGCAAUGGUCACAUGACAACGAGUUACAUUACAUCAGUGACCAAUCAAAUUGGUGGAAUUUAUAUUGUCUGUCAAAAUCGGGCCAAUCAACUAAUUUGUUGGAGAGACAAGAAGAAGUGGGUGGUCCCAAAUGGCAGAUUGGCACCUCAGCAUAUGCCUUUGAUCCCAGUGGUGCUGACCAUAUCUUAACAAUAUAUUCUGGGGUUAUCGAGAUAUUGUAUAAGAAGACUGGUACAACAGAGGCUAUAAAUACACCAUUUAAAAGACAUAGAAACAUCAACUGGUCUGCAAGUGGUGAUAUCUAUUGUUUAGCUUUCAGUGAUACACAGUUUUUAUCUGUUAUACAAGUUAAUCUCAAGACUAGAAAGACUACAAUAUUGAAAGAAUCCAGUUCAUUAGAAAUAGAUUCUGGAUAUUUUAGUCUACCAACAGGAAUAUCUUGGACAACAGAAGAUAAACAAACAUCACACGGUUUCUUUUAUCCUCCCCAAAAUAAAGAUUUUACUGGUUUAGAUGGUGAAUUACCUCCCUUGUUGGUGCGAGCUCAUGGUGGACCUACCAGUAGUUAUAAUAACAGUUUAGAAUUAAAACUACAGUAUUUUACAAGUCGUGGCUUUGCUGUCUUAUUAGUCAACUAUAGAGGUAGCACUGGUUAUGGUAAACAAUACAGACAUAGUUUACGUGAAAAUUGGGGUGUAUAUGAUGUAGAUGACUGCUGUAGUGGAGCUCAAUAUUUAGCUAAAGAAGGAAAAGUAGAUGGUAAUAAGCUCUGUAUUGAUGGAGGUUCAGCUGGAGGCUACACCACCUUAGCUUGUCUUGCUUUUAAAAAUGUCUUCAAAACAGGUGUGAGUCAUUAUGGUGUAGCAGACGUGGAAGCUCUGGCAGCAGAAACUCAUAAAUUUGAAAGUCGGUAUUUAGAUCGGCUGAUUGCACCCUACACUGAUGAGGGCAGGAAAAUAUUGAAACAAAGAUCACCUAUUAAUCAUGUGGAUAAAAUUAAUUGUGCUAUGGCUUUCUUUCAAGGAGAUGAGGAUAAGGUUGUGCCUCCAAAUCAAGCAGAGAUGAUGUACAAUGCAGUUAAAGCUAAAGGGAAGCCUGCAGCAUUAGUUAUGUUUGAAGGAGAACAGCAUGGUUUCCGUAAAGCAGAAAAUAUACAGAAUGCUUUAGAUGGAGAGAUGUAUUUCUUUGGUAGAGUUUUAGGUUUUAAACCUGCAGAUUCCAAGUUUACUAUGAAAAUUGACAAUCUUGAUUAAAGUCUAAUGUGCAAUUACUGUACUUGGUUGGAGAAACAACCAAAAGAUACACAACAAUGAUAUCUUUUUUUAAAAUUCCGAAGCAGCAUUGUCAAAAGGUUUGAUUUUAUUUGUGUCCAUUCAUAAACUAUUGUUAAUUUUGUUUGCAAAUAUCAAAUAAUUGUUACUGCUUUUUCAUAUUAUGUACCACUUAUUUCGAUUAUGUUUUGUAUUCACUGUGCUUAAAAUAUCAUGGUCUUGCAUAAAUUAUACAUAAACCACAACUGUUUUAUUAAGAGUUAUAUUCUUGUUCAAGGUUUUUUAUUUUUGGUAUAUCACAGGCCAUUUAUGACAACUGGACUUGUUUAUAUAUGAAAAUGUUAAUAUACUACAAACUCCUACCUACAUUUUAUGUUUAACAGAUCAUUGUAUAUCAAUUUCUCAGAAUAAACUAGUAUACAUUAAG